AUGAUAGAAUUGACUGAAAAGGUACUUCCUAUGCACAAAGAACCAAGAGAUCUUGCGAUUUCAAGAAAAAAUAAGUGGAACAUACCAUUGAUUAUCGUUGGUAUAAUUAGCGUCCUUCUUUUCUUCCUGUCAAAUAAAUCGAAUGUAUUAAGUUUAUUAAAUCCACCAUCUCCAGAUGAUCCUCACAAUCCUGAUUCUUUAUGUCCUAUAGUAGAAAAGGUCGAUCCAUUGAAAUAUUUAUACAACAACGAUACUUUGCAAAGGAUAUUGCAUGAUAACAACUUUAAAAAUGAAUCGCUUAAAAAGUUGGUCGACUCGAUCAGGAUCCCCACAGAAGUAUAUGAUGAUAUGAUUAAUCCCAGUUCUGCCGAAACGUAUGAAAAACUUUAUGAAUUGGAACCUAGAUGGAAGAAGUUCGAAGAAUUUCAUACAUUUUUGAAGAAAGCGUUUCCUGAAGUCCAUCAGAAAUUAAAGGUUGAAACUGUCAAUAAAUUUGGUCUCGUAUAUACAUGGGAGGGUUCGUCAGAUAAAAAGCCAAUCAUGCUUGCAGCUCAUAUGGACGUUGUUCCAGUAGACCCGAAAACAAUGAACCAAUGGACGUAUCCACCGUUUGAUGGUGUGUACGAUGGGGAGUAUUUGUACGGCCGUGGUGUAUCCGAUUGUAAAAACUUGUUAAUAGGUUUAUUAGAGACGAUUGAAUUACUCCUUAGUGAAGAUAAAUUUGACCCUGAGAGGACUAUAAUUUUAGCUUUUGGUUACGACGAAGAGUCUUCUGGGUCGGGAGCUCAUGAGAUUUACAAGCAUAUAGAGAAAAAAUACGGCCGUGAUUCGAUAUAUGCUAUUAUAGAUGAAGGGACACAAGGAUAUGAGACUAUAGAGGGAAGGAAGUUCAUCUUGCCAGCGACCGGGGAAAAGGGUUAUGUAGAUUCUGUAAUUGACCUAUUCACCCCCGGAGGACAUUCCUCAGUUCCACCAGAACAUACACUGAUUGGUAUUUUAGCCAAGCUAAUCUCCGAUAUCGAAGAUGAACAAUUCACGAGUAUUAUAACUAAUGCAAAUCCUGUUUUGAACCAAUUGCAGUGCAUUGCAGAACAUUCUUCAACGGUCGACAAAACUUUAAGAAAAAACAUAUUGAAAUCUCAUCUCGACGUAGAUGCAAAUAAAGAGGUAUUGAAGUACUUGUCUAAAGAUCCGGCGACAAAAUAUUUAGUUACCACUUCUCAGGCGGUUGACAUGGUUCAGGGCGGAACCAAAUCAAAUGCUUUGCCAGAGCAUGCAUCAGUUUUAGUCAAUCACCGUAUAGCACUCGAAGAAUCUGUGGAAGUAACUACUGAUAAAGUUUUACAUCAUAUCAAGAAUAUUGCAGAAAGGUUUGACUUGGGUAUAAUUUUUAACGGAGAGGAAAUUAAGAAAUUUACUCCAAAAGGUUAUUUUAAUUAUUCGUUAGUCGGUCUGCUUGAGCCUGCGCCAAUAACACCUAUAAAUAACAAAAUUUGGAACACAUUUGGAGGGUCGUUGAGAUAUUUAUAUGAGGAGUUAGCAUCUCUGGACAUAAAUGAAACAUUCAUAGUAUCACCUUUCAUUAGUACUGGUAAUACGGAUACGAAGUCUUAUUGGAAUUUAACUAGAAAUAUUUUUAGGUAUACUCCUGGAAUUUCAAUAUCUGAUAAUAUUCAUUCGAUAGAUGAAAAAUUAAUAGUUGAUGGUCAUUUUCACAUUAUUGCCUUUUAUUAUUAUUAUUUGCAAGUUGUUGAUAAGUUGGAUGAUGAUUUGCUUUAG